AUGUGCCUUGUUUUGGAGACAGAUGUUGCGGCGUGGUUCAUCAACAAGCGCAAGGUGUACCCUGUCAAGCCUGACCUUGACGACUCCAAGCUCCCGCCAAUCGACAUCCCCAUCGUACGUGCCCAACGCGGUGCCACGAAGCAGGGUGAAGAAAUGGGCCAGAUCAUGCACACUGUCGUGACGCUGGGGGAGGCCUUCUUCCGGGCGAGAGCAAGCGAGGAGUCUGGCAAAAUGCCCAAGACACGGACCAGGAUGAGUCGCAAUCUGUAA